GAAAUAUGUAAGGAUCCUCGACUGUUUGUCGAUGGCAUCAGCACUCGUGACCUGCACCAAGGCAGUCUGGGUAACUGCUGGAUGGUGGCUGCCAUUUCCUGCCUGGCGUCUGAGCCAUCCCUGUGGAAAAAGGUCAUCCCUGACCACGUGGAGCAGGAGUGGAACCCCAAACGUCUCGACUUAUAUGCGGGAAUCUUCCAUUUCCGGUUCUGGCGCCUCGGACAUUGGAUGGACGUGGUCGUGGAUGACCGUCUGCCGGUCAGCGGGGACGGGGUGCUGCUCUUCUGCCGCUCGGCUACACCGCGAGAGUUUUGGAGCGCCCUGUUGGAGAAGGCCUACGCCAAGCUCAACGGCUGCUAUGAGGCCCUGGAGGGAGGAAACACUGCAGAGGCCCUGAUCGACUUCACCGGGGGAGUUUCAGAACCCCUCAGUCUGGAUCGCGAGGCCCACAUCCUGCAGAGGAGGACGUUCUUCCAGACGUUAGCCAAAGCCCACGAACGCAAAGCCCUCAUCACCUGCUCCAUACGGCCAGCAGAGGGGGAGACAGUGGAGUCGGUGUUGGACUGCGGACUGGUGCGAGGUCACGCUUACGGGAUCACAGCGGUGAAGAAGGUGAGGCCGGGAGAGAAGCAGCUGAAGAUGGGCGGGACGUCCAGACUCUUCAUGGUGCGUAUGAGGAACCCGUGGGGGACCACAGACUGGACGGGUGCCUGGAGUCAGAGGUCACAGCAGUGGCAGCAGAUGAGUCGUGCAGAGAGGGAGAAGAUGGGCCUCGUAGUUCGAGACGUUGGGGAGUUCUGGAUGGAUUUCCAGGAUUUCUGUCACUACUUCACAGACGUGGUGGUGUGCCGGCUGGUUGAGAGAGCUCUGCUGUGGCCGAGCUCUCAUUGGAGAGAGGUCCGCUGCUACGGGGAGUGGGCCCCAGCUCCCAACACCCCCGGGUCACCUCCAUGUACCAUCUCCCACACCAGCUACGAGUUGACCCCAGGGAAGAAUAACAUGAAACCUAGAGGGCCCGAGAAGCGCGGGAACAGGAAGGAGGCCCGGCUUGGGGAGAGCCAGCAUGGGGGACGGAGAAGAGGAAGGCAGGAUAGGGCUGUGAAAAAAGUGAUGGAGGAUGACGAUGGGGGAGAGGGGGAUGGAGGUUGGACAGCACAAGUGGAUAAAAGGAGUCGGUGUGGAGGGUGCAUCAACCAUAGAGAGACGUUCCUGCACAAUCCACAGUUUAUGUUUGAGGUCAGAGCCAAAGAGGAAGAGGUGCUGAUCUGUCUGCAGCAGGAGGACAGGAGGGUACGCAGGAAAGAUGGAGGAGGAGAAAACCUGCCAAUCGGCUUUGAGGUGUUGAAGGUGGAGGUGAACCGCUGCAGCCGGGUGCAGUGUGUGGUGGAGCAGGCGGCCAGCUCCAUCUACAUGGACUCCCGUAGCGUAACGCUGAGGGCAACGCUAGCUACAGGCCGCUACGUCGUGCUGCCAACCACCUUCCUGCCGGGCGCAACCGGAUGCUUCCUGCUACGACUCUUCUCCCAUUCCCACGUCAGACUCAGGGAAUUGAGGGAGGAUUUGUCGCCUCCCUCUUUGUUCCAGUGUUUCCUACCUCAACCUACAGUGGUGACCACCGUCCAUCUCCGCAGGGCGUCAGGACUCAGUCCUCCGAAAGAGAAAGCUCCAGAUGUUUAUGCCGUCGUGAGAUGUGAGAACGACACCAUCAGGACGCAGGUGUUCAAGGCGGAGGGAAACCCUGAAUUCAACCUCCGAACCAUCUUCUACAGGAGACACCCCGACACACACAUCUCCAUUGAGUUGUGGGGCAGAGGUCUCCUGUGGGACUCGCUGCUCGGCGUCGCUCGUCUCCAGACGACGGAGUCUGAGAGGACUCGGAGUCAUGUGAUUGAUCUGCGAGGCGACCAGUCCGGCUCGGGAUGCCGAGGUUGUGUCCACGUUGAGACGUCCUCCAGCGUCUGCCUCACCGACUUGUGACAGCAUCGCCCGGUUGCCCU